UGUGUUAAGUGACAGCUGCUUUAAGCUUAACAGACUAUGUGCAGAUCCUAAAGGUUAACAGAAGAUGGUGUCUGAUGUCUGCAUUUGGAUUCAGUGGUGACAGAACUGACUCUAAUGGAACUGAGACAGGCGUGAAAGUGAUAUUUGCCUUCUAUCUUCAGACCUUCAGUUUUUCAAAUAACCCAGAGCACAGGAUUGAAUGUACAUGGCCGGCCAUAAAAGGACACAAAAUGGGAUGGAUUACCGAAACCUAGGCAUUUAACAACACCUUCAGCAGAUAACCAAAUCUUUACCUGAUCAAAGUGCCAUGAUGUCCAACAUUAUGAACAACUGGACAGCAAAUGUCACUUUGGAAACUUCCCUUUCCUACUUUGGUGAUGAUGCUUCCCAGUCCGAAGAACCUGUAAUGUCCAGGACUGGGCAUACAGUAGUAGCUGUAUUCCUUGGAUUUAUCCUUGUGUUUGGAUUUUUAAAUAAUUUUGUGGUGCUAAUUCUCUUUUGUAAAUACAAGACACUAAGAACUCCUGUCAACAUGAUGCUUCUAAACAUCAGUGUCAGUGACAUGCUAGUGUGUAUUGCUGGCACAACUCUGAGUUUUACAUCCAGCAUACAGGGCAAAUGGAUUGGAGGGGAAUAUGGCUGCCAGUGGUAUGGCUUUGUGAAUGCAUGCUUUGGUAUUGUGUCACUUAUAUCACUGGCCAUCCUAUCAUACGAGCGCUAUUCUACUUUGACACUAUACAACAAAAAUGGACACUUCUAUAAAAAAGCAUUGCUUGCUGUGAGUAGUUCUUGGAUCUAUUCCUUGAUUUGGACAGUUCCUCCUCUCCUUGGAUGGAGCAGUUAUGGAAAGGAAGGAGCAGGAACAAGCUGUUCAGUACGUUGGAGCUCCGAAUCAAUUGAGUCUGUUUCUUACAUCAUCUGCCUCUUUAUUUUCUGCUUGGUCCUGCCUGUGCUAGUAAUGGUAUAUUGUUAUGGGAGACUCCUUUAUGCUGUAAAACAGGUUGGAAAGUUUAGAAAAUGCACUGCUCGCAAACGAGAGUACCAUGUGCUGUUCAUGGUGAUCACCACUGUUAUUUGUUACCUAAUGUGCUGGCUGCCAUAUGGAGUGAUUGCCCUCCUUGCUACAUUCGGCCGCCCAGGGGCAGUAUCUCCAGCAGCAAGUGUGAUUCCUUCAAUUUUGGCUAAAAGCAGUACUGUGUUCAAUCCAAUCAUCUACAUUCUUAUGAAUAAACAGUUCUACAAGUGUUUCUUGUUGCUCUUCCACUGCAAUCCUAAAGAACCAUUGGAAGGGAAAUCCAUGUGUCAGUCCAAUCUGACUGUUAUUCAGCUAAAUCAAAGAUUCACUAGCACCGCUGGAGCCCCAGAACUCACAAGGUUACCAGAGAACUUGGAAAAGGUACCUUGCAUUCCAAAUCAAGACAAAGAGACAACAUAUGAUCAAACUAAACAUAUCUCAGCAAAUAAUCAUUGCAAAACAAGUCAAUGAUGUGCUUCUUUUAACUGUAUUAUGAAAUUCUUCACAAUAACCAAAAAUAUGAAUCUAAAA